AUUUCUAUUGAUUUCCUGAUCGUUCUUCUCCUCUUUCUGUUGUCUUGGUGACCUACAAACCCUAACACGCUACCAUCUGCUCCACCGGCUUCAUCUGAUUUCAGAGGAAAGAGGAUAAAGGAUGUCUUACUUACUGCCCCAUCUCCACUCCGGUUGGGCCGUUGACCAAGCCAUCCUUGCCGAGGAGGAGCGCCUAGUCAUUAUCCGCUUCGGCCACGACUGGGACGAGACUUGCAUGCAGAUGGAUGAAGUCUUGGCUUCAGUAGCUGAGACAUUAAAAAACUUUGCUGUCAUAUACCUUGUAGAUAUCACUGAGGUUCCUGACUUCAACACGAUGUACGAAUUGUAUGAUCCGUCGACUGUGAUGUUCUUCUUUAGGAACAAACACAUCAUGAUCGAUCUUGGCACUGGGAACAAUAACAAGAUCAACUGGGCACUGAAGGACAAACAAGAGUUCAUUGACAUCGUGGAGACUGUUUAUCGUGGUGCUAGAAAGGGUCGCGGUCUUGUCAUUGCUCCAAAAGAUUACUCGACAAAGUAUCGAUACUGAGCACUUGCAUCUGCUGCUUGUUGGUACACAAACAUGACUUUGUAUCUUGCUGCACAAAUGUUUAUGAAUAAUCCUUUAUAUCCUCAUGUUUUAUGCUUGAUGUGUACUAGUAACAUUUGUAAUCAAUUGCAGAUGAUAUGCCAUUAAGGGGACGACCUUUUGUAUGGUAAAUUUUAUGACUCAAAAAUUAUGGUGAACACAUUGUAAACUUCUGCUAAGUGCUGACUUAUUCACCAU